AAAUGAUGGGAUAAUUGUAGUGUAAAUGAUGAUGAAGGUAUGAGUGGCACAUCAGAAAUGAAGACACUCUCAAGUUGAGAGAGAGAGAGAGAGAGAGAAUGGGCGUGAUCGGGCGUCCUGCUCCUUGUUGUAGUCCGCUGGUUUAUCCGAAAGCUAAGACGAGUGCGAGAGUGAGUGUGAGUUUAUCAAUUGAAUUCCUGAAGAGGAGGAGGAAGCAAAUUGGAAUGGUGAAGGCACUGGAGCAACCUGGGGGUAAGAUGGUGGUGGAGUUGGUUGGGGCCUUCAAUGAACUGACGGAGAGGAUGAGCGUCCUCUCCUCCAGCUCCUCCCGCCUCCUCUUCAAGACCCUCAAGCUCUCUCUCCCUAUUCUCCAUUCCCUCCCCCUUCUCCCCGACGGCCGCGACCCCCUCUCUAGGGCUCUCUCCCUCGCCCUUUUUCUCGCCCAUCUCCAGAUGGAUGCUGAGGCCAUUUGUGCUGGAAUAUUGAGACAAGUAAUCGAGGGAGGUAUGAUAUCCAUGAAUGAAGUGAGGGAACGCAUUGGCAUGGGCACUGCUCAUCUUCUACAUGAAAGCAUGCGCUUAAACAACAUUUCUUCCAAGGUGGAGGCGUUAGAUGACGAGAGUGCAUUUGCAUUGAGGAAAUUCUGCCUCACAUACUACGACGUCAGGGCCAUCAUACUAGACUUGGUUCUAAAGCUUGACAUGAUGAGGCACCUUGAUCAUCUCCCGAGGUACAAGCAGCAAAUGGUUUCUGUACAAGUUAUGAAGAUAUACGCCCCACUAGCACACGCCGUUGGCAUCACCAGUUUAUCCAUGGAACUCGAGGAUCUUUCCUUCAGAUACAUGUUUCCUUAUUCAUACCUUUAUGUCGACACAUGGUUGAGGAGCCAUGAGACUGUAAGCAAGCCUCUGCUGGACAUGUACGAGGACCAGCUCCUUAACUCCCUCACAUCUGACCAAUGUUUAACUGAAAUGGUGCAGCACGUCUCUGUUGAAGGUCGUUUCAAGAGUCGUUACAGUACUAUGAAGAAACUAUUGAGAGAUGGGCGUAAACCUGAGCAAGUGAACGACAUCUUAGGAUUAAGAGUAGUUAUAACUCCAUUAUCUGGAGUUAAUUCAUCUGAGAUUGGAGAAAAAGCUUGCUAUAGAGCACGUGAUAUCAUCCAGUCCCUAUGGAAAGAAAUUCCUAGCAGGUUCAAGGAUUAUAUCACGCGGCCCAAGUUUAAUGGAUACAAGAGUUUACACAUGGCCGUUGAUAUCAGUGACAAUGGUAGGAAUAGGCCGCUGAUGGAAAUACAGAUACGAACAGCUGAGAUGGACAUGUUGGCAGCUGGUGGAACUGCAUCCCAUGCAUUAUACAAAGGUGGCCUUACCAAUCCAGAAGAGGCAAAGCGGCUUAAGGCUAUUAUGAUGGCUGCGGCUGAACUAGCAGCACUACGUCUUAGAGAUUUGCCUUCCUCAACUCCAAAGGGUCUAGAUGAUAGCAGAAACCGAGUGUUCCAUCUUCUAGAUAAGAAUGGAGAUGGUAAGAUCAGCGUUGAGGAACUUAUGGAGGUAAUGGAAGAGCUUGGUGCUGAAGGGGAAGAUGCCCGGGAGAUGAUGCAGCUCCUUGAUUCAAAUAGUGAUGGCCUGCUUAGCUCGGACGAAUUUGACUUGUUCCAGAAACAGGUUAAACUCAUUCGGAAUUUGGAAUACAGAGAUGGGCAAUACAAGAUUGAGUUGGAUGAGAUUGAGAAGCUUCUUCAAAUAGAGGAUACAACUCAACCAACUCUAGGGUAAUCGAGUGAACUGCCAUUCCACCAUAGAUACGGUCUACUCAGAAGCUUUUAGUUGUGUGCUUCCCAGUAGACUAUUGUAUAUGUGAAUCAUGUAAAUUAAACUCACUAAAUAUCAUAUGCAUGUUGCCAAACCAAUAAAA